AUGGUAGAAUUCAAGGGCAUUAAGGGAGGCAAACAUCUUAGGCAAGGAGAUCCAAUCUCUCCUAUGCUCUUUGUUAUUGUGGACUACCUUACCCGGAUGUUGAUCAAAGCUUCCAAGGAGAAAGAUUUCAGAUUUCAUCCUAUGUGUAAAUCUCUUAACCUUGUUAAUCUUUGCUUUGUUGAUGAUCUUCUUAUUUUUUGCAAAGUUAACACUAAGUCUGUGCAAAUUCUUCAAAGAGUGUCUGCUGAGUUUAAAUUGUCUUUGGGUUUGUCUAUCAACCAUAAUAAAUCUCACCUCUAUUUUGUAGGGUUGUCUAAAGAUGCUAAAGCUCCUAUUCUGAAGUGUACUAAUCCGCUAAAGUACCUUGGAGUUCCGCUUAGGCCCACCAAAUGUAAGGCCACCGAUUGUGACAUUAUCCUUAAGAAGAUUAGGUUGCAUCUUAAUGCGUGGGCCAGUCGUAAUCUUUCGUAUGUUGGUCGGACUCAGCUGGUUCAUUCUGUUUUGCUGGGGAUCCGGAACUAUUGGAUGAGUGUAUUUUUGUUGCCUCAGAGUGUGGUUAGAGAAAUUGAUCGUCUUUGUAGAAAUUUCUUGUGGGGUGAGAAGGGUUCCUGUAGUAAAUUCCAUCUUUCUUCUUGGGAGCAUGUUUGUCGUGUGAAGGCUUAUGGUGGGCUGGGGUUUGGAGAGGAGCUAGCUUGGAAUAAGAUUUUACUUGCUAAAUUCAUUUGGGCUAUUUCUUCUAAGCAGGACCAACUGUGGGUGAAAUGGGUGAACUGUAUUUAUUUAAAAGGGGCUCACCUUUGGGAAUGUAUAUUGAAACAAGAUGCUAAUUGGUAUUGGAGGAAGCUUAUUAAGCUUUAUAGAUCUGUGUUUGGUCCUGUUUUGGAAGCUGCUGAAGUGCAUGGUAAACUUCAGUUGGGCAAGCUCUACACUCAUUUUCUUCUAGGCGAGAAGGUGGUGGCCGUCGCUCUUGCUGCUACCAUCUAUUAUCUUUGGUUAAAUAGGAACAAGUGUUGCUUUGAUAAUAGCUGCUUUUCUCCCUCUAAAAUAGAUAACUUGAUUCGGUUUACUGUUAAAGCUAGAGUGCUUAAUAUUAAUUCUAGGAAGUUUUCUUCUAGAGAAAGAGGAAAAUGUUAG